AAACACUCAGACGGUGGACGACAGACAUCGCCGGGCGCUGCGACGACUGCUGCCCGAAAUCGCGAGAUCAGCCGGCCGGAUCGCCCGCGAUAAGAUAAUAUGCGCCGCGGACGUCGCGCCGCGGCGAUCGGUCGCGCGAGACGACGACGAUUAACCCGCUGCAGCAGCGCGUCAUCAGUCAGCCGCGUCGUCACGCGUCUCCCGCCGUCGCCGCGAGGGUGAGAGCCGUGAAACGGGGGGCGCCGGGACGUACGGUCGCGCGAAAAAAAAGGGGGAGUAAAGGUUAAGGGGAGUAGAAAAAAUAAAAAUAAAUAAAACGGGGAACGAAAGAGCGCGCCGCCGCCUCGACGCCUCCGCCAUGAGGCUGGAGGAGAUGCCGUUGCGGCUGAGCUCCGACGAGCGGGACUUUGAAAUGGACGACGACGAGACUGACUACCUGCUGCAGCCGUCCGAGGACAGCAUCAGGCAGCUGACGUCGAGGCGACGGCGCAUCGCCGAUUGCUCCAAGUACCUGAAGAGCUGCCUCUGCGGAUGCUGUACUUGGAUGUGGCGGAGAUGCUGCAGAGAGCGGGAAUUGAGAGCUAGAGUUAUCCACAUUGGGCAGCCUAUGCACGAGAAGUUUCCCACUAAUGUUAUAAGAAAUCAAAAAUACAACGUUGUUACUUUCUUGCCUUUGGUCCUCUUUCAGCAGUUCAAAUUCUUCUUGAAUUUAUACUUUCUGCUUAUGGCUAUAUCUCAAUUUAUACCAGACAUAAGAAUAGGAUACUUGUACACGUACUGGGGGCCAUUGUGCUUUGUUUUAACCGUGACGAUUUUCCGCGAAGCCGUCGAUGACUUUAGAAGGUACAAGAGGGACAAGGAGGUCAAUGCACAAAAAUAUUAUAGACUAGUGAAAGGUUUUGAUACGCCAGAAUUAGUACCGAGUUCCAAACUACGCGUGGGCGACUUGGUUAUAGUAGAGAAGGGCCAGAGAGUACCAGCUGAUUUAGUAUUAUUACGCACAACCGAGAAAUCUGGCGCGUGUUUCGUGCGGACCGAUCAGCUGGACGGUGAGACGGAUUGGAAAUUAAGAUUAGCAGUGCCUGCAACGCAAAAGUUGGACAGCAAUUCUCAGUUGUUUGAUAUUAAAGCCAGUUUGUACGUCGAGAAGCCACAGAAGGAUAUACAUAGCUUCAUUGGCACCUUUUCAAGGUACGACGGAUACAGCAGUGAAGAGAGCUUGGGCGUGGACAACACAUUGUGGGCCAACACGGCAGUGACGUCUGGAUCCGCCCUUGGUAUCGUCGUUUACACCGGCCAGGAAACGCGGUCUCUAAUGAAUCAUUCAGAAAUCCGAUCGAAAGUCGGUUUGCUCGAUCAAGAGAUCAAUCAGUUGACAAAGGUAUUAUUUGGCGCGGUAAUCGGACUCGCGCUUGUAAUGAUGUGCUUGAAGGGAUUCAGUGGACCGUGGUAUCGUUACAUGUUCCGCUUCGUCCUGCUGUUCUCCUACAUCAUACCGAUCAGCUUGCGAGUGAAUCUGGACAUGGGCAAAGCGUUUUACGCUUGGUGCAUACAAAGGGAUAAGGAUAUCGCCGGCACGGUCGUGCGGACGACCACCAUUCCGGAAGAGCUCGGACGUAUAUCGUACUUGCUGAGCGACAAGACCGGCACGUUGACGCAGAAUAAGAUGGUGUUCAAGAAGUUGCAUCUGGGCACCAUAUCCUACGGCCAGGAGACGUUCGAUGAAGUGACGUCGGUGUUAAAGACUUAUUACCCGGCCGACACGGAGCACUCGCCGAUGAAGCCGACGACGUCCGCGCACAGCGGCAAGGUCCGAAGAUCCGAGAACACCCGGAUCUACGACGCCGUGCACGCUCUAGCUCUGUGCCACAACGUGACCCCGGUGUACGACGAGGUGAACAAAUCCUCGAAUCUGGACUCGGUGAGCGUGGAGACCGUGGAAACCGGAGAUACAGGCUCCAUCCAGAGUCAAACAGAGGCGGAUCAACACUACUAUCUGCCGGAACAGAAGCGCAAUUACCAAGCCUCGAGCCCGGACGAAGUGGCUCUGGUGAAAUGGACGGAGGAAAUGGGAUUGGCUCUCGUCAAGCGAGAUCUAAAUUCCAUGCAGCUGAAGACUCUGAACGGUCAAAUAUUGAAUUACACUAUACUGCAAAUAUUCCCGUUCACGUCGGAAACCAAGCGAAUGGGGAUAAUCGUGAGGGAGGAGUCCAGCUCCGAGAUCAUAUUCUAUUUGAAAGGUGCCGACGUUGUGAUGUCCGGCAUUGUGCAGUAUAAUGAUUGGCUGGAUGAGGUGUGCGAGAAUAUGGCACGCGAAGGUUUCAGAACGUUGGUCGUGGCAAAGAAAAAUCUUACCGAAGACCAGUACCUCGAUUUCGAAGCGAGAUACAACGCGGCGAGAAUGAGCGUCAGCGAUCGCGUGUCGAAGGUCGCCGCGGUGGUGGAAAGUCUCGAGAGAGAAAUGGAACUGUUGUGCGUGACCGGCGUCGAGGACAGGUUGCAGGACAGGGUGAGGCCUACGCUGGAAGUCUUGCGGAACGCCGGAAUCAAGAUAUGGAUGUUGACCGGCGACAAGUUGGAGACCGCGACUUGCAUAGCGAAGUCCUCGCGUCUCGUGUCGCGCUCCCAGGGCCUGCACGUCUUCAAGUCCGUCGUGACGCGCACCGACGCUCACUUGGAACUGAAUACGUUUCGCAAGAAGCAAGAUUGUGCCUUAGUUAUCAGCGGCGAUUCCCUCGAGGUGUGCUUACAGUAUUACGAGCAGGAAUUUCUGGAACUCGCUUGCGGCUCGCCCGCCGUCGUUUGCUGCCGAUGCUCUCCCACGCAGAAGGCCGAAGUCGUCAGUCUCAUACAGAGGCACACCGGCAAGAGAACGGCGGCCGUCGGCGAUGGCGGUAACGACGUCUCCAUGAUACAAGCCGCAGACGCUGGAAUUGGUCUCGAGGGUCUUGAGGGAAGGCAGGCGUCGCUAGCUGCUGAUUUUUCAAUUUCUCAGUUCAGCCAUCUCGCUAAUUUACUAUUGGUCCACGGUAGGAGAAGCUAUAAACGAUCGGCUGCAUUGAGUCAAUUCGUUAUACAUCGUGGUUUGAUCAUCUCGACUAUGCAGGCUGUGUUCUCUGCAGUCUUUUAUUUGUCUUCGGUUGCCUUAUAUCAAGGUUUUCUUAUGGUAGGAUACGCUACGAUAUACACAAUGUUUCCCGUCUUUUCAUUGGUAUUAGACAAGGAUGUAUCGGGAAAGAUAGCACUUACUUAUCCAGAACUUUAUAAAGACCUGAGUAAAGGCCGCUCGUUAUCAUACAAAACAUUUUUUAUGUGGGUUUUAAUAAGUAUAUAUCAAGGAGGAGUCAUCAUGUAUGGCGCACUUAUAAUGUUCGAGGACGAAUUCAUUCAUAUAGUGGCCAUAAGUUUUUCAGCGCUAGUUUUGACAGAAUUAAUAAUGGUUGCUUUAACAAUUAGAACCUGGCAUCACAUAAUGAUGCUCGCAGAAAUCUUCUCUCUAGCGCUCUAUUUAUUAUCGUUGGUCGUCCUGAAGGAUUACUUCGAUGCUGAAUUUAUUAAAACCACGGACUUCUUAUGGAAGGUAUUGGUGAUAACGUUGGUCUCGUGCAUGCCGCUGUACAUCCUGAAAUUCUUGAGGAAGAAAUUUUCACCUCCCAGUUACACCAAAUUAUCCUAAAAUCUUAUGCGAAUAAUUGAUUUGUCCGCGUACAGAUGACAAAGGAGGAUAAAACAUCAAACAUCGUAAACACUUAUUAACGACAUACAAAGAGCUGUAUAAAAAUUUUCUUUCAUUCUACAAUAAUUCUUAAUCCAAUCCAAUUAAUAUUAUUUUUUAUGAAAUAAAAAAGAUUAUAUGCACCGUUUUUCUAACAACCGACUAUUUUUGUAACAAUCAAUUUUUACAACAUUAGUUCCUAACGAAGACUAAUGUGGCAGAAAAUAAUACCGCAAAGAACGAAAACCGACAAAGUUUCCAAAUCUCUCGUAUCAUAUCUGCACACUGACUUAAAAAAAAAAUGGAUUGGAUUAAACGUUACAAGCGGAACAACAUUCACGACUCGCCGCAUAAUGUUAAUUCUUCCUGCAAGCUUAUCUACUACGUAUCUUGGCUUUAGAUUAAAGACAUGACUUUUUUUAUACUUGAUUUUCUUUAUAUUUCUUUUGUUUGUAUAUUAAUUUAUUUCUGAAUGCAUUGCCAAAGGUCGCAUCUUCCAUUGUCAGUGUGUUUAUACGCACACAUCGCGACAUUUAUAUAUCCCAUCUCUAUAUAGCGUUCAUUUUUUUUUAAUAUUAAUUAGAUAUGUUCUCUAAUCGAGCACAACAGUAUUUCUCAUGUAUCUAAAAAUCAAGCAUCCGCAUGGAUGGAAAUAUAAGUAAUCUUUAUUUGUAUAACAAUAACUAAAUGCAUUUUACUUAAAAAGAAAAAUGGCUAGAGAAUUAAUACGACUAAGAUAUAGGAUUUGAGUAUCAGAAAUAAAACUGUGAUUAUUGCGAACUAAACCGGCAUUUUUUGCACUGAUAUUAUAUAAGGAGCUUUAUUCUAAAACUGUUCAAAAUGUUCUUUUUUUUUUUUAAAUUGUAUCUCUUAAAAAUAUUUCUAUAUACAGAGCAUACCUUUUGUUAUCAUUUAUAUUAUCAGCACAUAUAUAAAUAAUAUAAUAUUAGAUUACAUAAUGUUUUAUAUUCAUGUACAUAUUGCAAGCAUGUAGAACAUAACUGUAAUCGUUGUUAUCUCUAAUGUGAAACGUACCACAAGUAAUGUAGUUGUUGCUAGAGGACUAUUAUUUACUAUGUAAUACGUUUAUAAUUAAUUUAUUCGCAAAUAAAAUAAUAUAUUCCUUUUCCUGUGA